AUGAGGGAGCUCGGCGGGCUGAGUAGACGGCGCAAAAGGGUGCAGGCGGUGGACAGCCAGCUGCGCGAGGCUGGGCGAAUGGGGCGGGCAUCGCCUCUCAACAUCCCUGGUGCGACUAGAAUCCGCGACGGGGCGGAGCCGUCAGCACCGACCGCAGAAGAAGCAGCCGCUGGAGCCGCGAGAAUGAACGACAGCAGCUGCGGCUGUGGGGACCUGGGCGAGAAGAAGAUGCUCAAGUGUGUGGUGGUCGGGGACGGGGCUGUGGGCAAAACCUGCCUGCUCAUGAGCUACGCCAACGACGCCUUCCCCGAGGAGUACGUGCCCACCGUGUUUGACCACUAUGCAGUCACCGUGACAGUGGGAGGCAAGCAGCACUUGCUGGGACUGUAUGACACCGCAGGACAGGAGGACUACAACCAGCUGAGGCCGCUCUCCUACCCCAACACGGACGUGUUUCUGAUCUGCUUCUCUGUCGUCAACCCUGCCUCGUACCACAACGUCCAGGAGGAGUGGGUCCCGGAGCUGAAAGACUGCAUGCCUCAUGUGCCUUAUGUCCUCAUCGGGACCCAGAUCGACCUCCGUGAUGAUCCAAAAACCUUGGCGCGUUUGCUGUACAUGAAGGAGAAGCCUCUCACCUAUGAGCAUGGCGUGAAGCUGGCCAGAGCGAUUGGAGCCCAGUGCUACCUGGAAUGCUCAGCCCUGACCCAGAAAGGUCUUAAAGCAGUUUUCGACGAAGCCAUCCUCACCAUCUUCCACCCCAAGAAAAAGCAGAAACGCUGCUUGCAGUGCCGCGGCUGCUGCUCAAUCGCUUGAAGUGGCUGAAGACAGGCCUCCACCCCAGCUGUCGGGGAGUGAGGCAGCCAGGCUGCGGAACCAGACAGAAGCAGCCAAAAAGAAGGGCACGACCACAGAGGAACCCCCUCGUACAGACGCCUGUCCCCGGCCCCCGGUGUCCUCCAGGGCGGUGCCCUGCCAGCCGCCACGGCUGCUAACCUGCUCUGCAGCCUGCA